UGUGUGUGUGCCUGAGUGUGAGCAUGCUCUGUGUGACCAGGGAAACGGAGAAAGCUCUGGCUUUGCUGGUAAAGUCCCUCUCCCAUAGGGCCGUGCAUGUGUGUGCACAGGGAGACAGAGAGACAGAGAGACAGAGCUCUAUUGAGGGACGUGGAUCCCGCUAGAACAGCGUAGCUGGCCCCGCGGCUGACUGCCCUGUCAGAGCUCUCUUCAAUAGGCCCGGGAUCCCGCUAUAUAACUGCAGUGUGCCAGGGCCGCUCGCGCUACGCACCCCAGGGACUCUGCGCAUGGACCCAGUCACACCGUGAACCAGCCCACAGCCCACAGCACACGGCCAUGCUGGGCUCCUUGGACGUCCUCUAUAGCGUGCUGAUCCAUAAGCUCAUGGCAGUGUACGAGGAGCAGGAGGCCCAGCAGAGGGCGACAGUGAGCCCUGGGCGCUCCAGCCCAGACCCAUGUGACCCUGAGCUGUCCGUCUUCCAGCCCAGCAGAGGAGGCGAGAUUGAGGUCAACUCCUCCGCCCUCAUGUCCGGUACGCCCCUGCUGGUCAGCUGCGGUAGCGACUCCGCCCUCAGCCCCCCGUUUGAUAUCGACCCCCCCCAGCCUGAACACCUCAACAGCAGGCCCUCCUGUACGGACUGCGUGAAAGCGGGGACCCCCGUGCCUGCUGACAAGGGAGGAGCUCGGGACAGGACCGGGAGUGAUGCAGCCCCUGCCAAAAUGAGCCAGGCCCCCCUCAGGCUGACGCACACAGUGGAGAUCUCAGGAGAGAGCGGACCCCUGGGCAUUCAUGUUAUUCCGUACUGCUCCUCCCUGAGUGGACGGUCUCUGGGCUUGCACAUUCGGAGAGUGGAGGAGAACAGCCGGUCUAAGAGGGAGGGGAUCUUCCAUGAGGAUGAGUGCAUUGUUAAAAUCAAUGACACAGAAUUAAUGGACAAAUCGUUUGCGCAGUCACAGGAAGUGUUCAGCCAGGCGAUGCAGUCCCCUACAGUGCGCCUCGAGGUUGUGCCGAUCCUCAACAGGGAUCGCUAUGAGAAGAGCCUGAUUGGUCAGCUCUACACUUUGGAAAGGCCCGAAGGCACGCCCCUCCCGCUCACCACGGAACCGUUGUCCCGUCCCAAGGAGAAGCAGAGCGGCCUGGAGGCCCCCUGCCCCGCCCCUCUCGCUGUCCCCCUCUCAGCCCCCUGCCCCGCCCCUCUCUUGAACUCAGCCCCCUGCCCCGCCCCACUCUCACUGCCCCCACCGGGAAAGAGUCACAGCCCCCUGCUGAAGAAAAGCCCUUCCCUCCCCCUCCCCCCUACUGGGGGUGUGGCCAGUAAGAAGGGGGGCAGGAAACUGAAAGUGGAGCUGAGGAAAGGGCCAGAAGGCUUGGGUUUCACAGUAGUCACGAGAGACGCCUCUGUUCAUGGUCCGGGACCCAUCUUGGUCAAAAACAUCCUGCCCCGAGGAGCUGCUGUCAAAGAUGGCCGUCUGAAGUCAGGUGACAGGAUUUUGGAGGUGAACGAGGUGGACUUUUCGGGCCGAACGCAGGAGCAGCUGGUGGCCAUGCUGCGGAGCACGAAGCAGGGAGAGACGGUGUCUCUGCUGGUGGUCCGGCAGGAGCAGGUUUUCCUCCCAAGAGAGCUGAAAGGGGAGCGGACAGGGGCGCAGUGCUCGGAGAAGAGGAGAGAGCAGCUGAAGUUUGAGAUCCCUCUGAAUGACUCCGGAUCAGCUGGUUUGGGCAUCUGCCUGAAGGGGAACCAGUCCCGCGAGACGGGGGCUGAUCUCGGAAUCUUCAUCAAGUCCGUCAUCCACGGUGGGGCGGCCUACAAGGACGGCCGGCUGUGUGUGAAUGAUCAGCUGAUUGCGGUGAAUGGGGAAUCUCUGCUGGGGAAAUCCAACCACGUUGCCAUGGAGACGCUGCGCCGGUCCAUGUCCAUGAAGGGGAAUCUGCGGGGCAUGAUCCAGCUGGUUCUGCUGCGGGGCCCCGCCCGGCCCAGCCCGCCUCCCAAGCAAGCCGGAGAGGUGCCUCUGGCCCAGCUGAGGCUGACUGACACACCGGCCGGCCCCGCCCACACCGCCGUGCCCGCCUUCCUCUGGGAAAGGCCUGGGGUUCCAUUUGGCAUAACUAAUGGGCAUCAUGGAAACGUGCAUGGACCAGAUGACCAUGAAAAGGACCUCUCCCCUUUUCCUCCCAGACAGUCAGGGUCUGAUCCCCUGCAUCCUCCCCUCCAUCAGAGAGCGGAGCAGGCCCAGGAGCCAGGCUGUGGCGGGCCCCCCCCACCCAGGCAGUCUCGGCACCCACUCGCCCGAGCGUCCGGGAGUACGGACCCGGAUGAAAAUGGCAUGGGACCUCUGGAGGAGCCAGUGAAAGAUCAUGGGAAGGAGUCAGACCCAGUGUUGGAGAUUCAGGAGCCCGGCUCUGUGGAGAGCCAGCAAACUGGUGUGUCCGAGGUGAGGAAGAGCGAGCUGCUCUUCCUCCUCCUCCCGCGGGCCCGCAUGGCGCGAGGGCGUGGCUGCAACCAGAGCUUCCGGGCGGCCGUGGACAAGUCCUACGCUGGCCCUCUGGAGCACGGUGAUGAUGACCUCUCAGAUGGAAGCUCUGGACAGGGCAGCCCCACUAGCGCCACCUCUAGGCAGGUAAAGAAGAAGACAAAGGAGAAGAAGAGAGAAAAGUGGAAAUUCAAAGGGCUGGGGAAAGAUGAGAAAAUGGAGAGCACAGAGGAGAAAGACAAGAGGAUGAGGAAGAAAGGAUUUGCAUUCUUAAGGUGUCUGCAGCUGUUCUGCAAUCACAAAGAAACAUGCGGAGUGCCUGUGUUACUCAGAAAAGAGUCGAAGCAAGCUUCCCCUGCUGUGCUCCUUACAGUGUGCGACUUCGCCGCCGCGGACGUCACCCGGCACUGCGGCGCCCGACACCAUUAG